AUGUCGCCCUCACCACAGCUCGCACCACCUGGCAGCAGCUCCUAUGACUCGAGCACUAUGCAUGUGGGCGACGGGACGUGGGAUGCAGGCCGAGACACCUUCCUGUUACCGAAUCUUGUCGGAUUGAACUUUGCGACGACAAGAUAUAAUGGCAUGGGGAACCGCUUUUUCACGAUGACCGGGUACCACUCUCUGGUCAAAGCGCACGGGAUCAUAGCCGCAGUCACAUUCCUCGGAGCGGUGCCCCUUGCGAUAUUCCUCAUGCGAUUUUACGGUCGACAACCACGUCUAGCGCUACGAUUGCACAUAUGGCUCCAAAUCCUCACCCUUCUCCUGAGCACGGUGGUGUUUAUCUUGGGGUUUAUGGCUGUUGGUCCAAACAGAAGCUUGACAAACCCACAUCAUGGCAUAGGUGUCGCCAUUUACGUUUUGAUAUGGGUCCAAGUUAUCGGAGGAUAUCUUCUCCACAGAAAGGAAAAGAGAAAGAAGCGGAUGCACAUUCCAGUCAGAGCCAUGUUGCACCAUUGGCUCGGGCGGGCGAUCGCUUUACUGGCUAUUGCGCAAAUAGCGCUCGGCCUGACACUAUACGGUUCCCCGCUAUAUCUCUUUGUUCUUUAUGCACUGUUCGUCUUCGCGUUACUUGUUUUAUAUUUUAUUUUACAGUGGCUGGCUGAACGGCGAAGGGCGCAAUAUGGGGCUGGCGGAGGGGGCUAUUAUAGUGACGAAGUCGUUGCAACGCCUGAUAGACACAAGACCUCCGGAGUUGGGAAAUUGGCCGCCGCUGGAGCAGCAGGUGCAGCGCUUACGGCAUUGUGGAGGAGACGACCCUCGACGAGGCGGGCACAUGGGGGAGACGGAUUUGGGACCGAUGGAAGCAGCGCAUCAUACAUGACGGAGGAAAAGCUCUCUGAUGCUCCUCAUAAGGGCAUUGCACAUCGACUUCUGCAGAUCGCAGCCAUCGGUGGUGCAGUUGCGGCUGUCAAAAAGCUUUUCGGCGGCCGGCAUGAUCAGAACGAUGAUUCAGAUAUUGGCCCAUACCGACCGCCUCUCGGAGGCAAUCAAUCGGUGACAACAACAGACUCUAUGUCACGCGUCGAAGAAGGACGACCGCCCCUUCGACCGACCACACCGGGUGGUGCCAGCCCCGGAUACGUGCGACCAACUCAUCCUUUGGCGCAGCCGCCGUUGACGCCAGGCUCGGGGCACAGACAUUCGGGGUCAUCCUACUCAUACAGUGAAUCAUAUGCAUCCGGCUCACCAUCGCGGCGUGACAGAAGGUCACAUACUUUUCGCGACGCUUUGGCCGCUGGGGGCACUGUUUUCGCCGUCCGACAACUAUUCAAGAACCGCCGGCAGCGGAAAGAAGAUGUUCGUGCAGAAGCUCUGAGAAGACAAAGGUUGGAACAGGAGAGGAUGGACCGCAUGAACUCUGCCCAUCGGUAUACCGGCGACGGAAUACCUCCGCCUAGGAGAUUACGGCAUGACAGACCAGGCAGUCAGUCCGCAUCUGACCUCUCAAGUGCGCUAAAUAGUCGACCGGGGACAGGAGGUUUGACAAUGGCGGGCGUCGGUGUAGCAGCAGCAAGCGCACUUGCAGACAGAGACAGGAUCAGACCCGUGGGACAGGACCCUGCAAUCGUCACACCGGGUCCGCCGACCUCUGCACCGGCAGAUAUCCCUCCAGUGCCUCCUCCUCAUAUGGAUACCUCAGGGAGCGAACUAUAUACGACAGGAUCGGGACACCAGCGGCAUAGACACCAUCUACGUGACGAAGUAGCUGCCGGUCUUACCGGUGCAUCUGGAGGAGCAAUGGCCGCGGAUCACAGACGGAGACGUCAUAGCGGUAGGAACACCGACUCAAUGGAGUCACCGCCGGUGAGCCUGAAGCUCAAGAUGCACAAUGAUGGCCGACACGUUACGUUACGGAGGUUGACAGAGGAAGAGGCCGCCGCGCAGCGAGAAGAGAGACGCAGACAGCGGCAGGCUUCGGCCGCAGCGAGACGACGCGCUUCCAGCUUCAGUGGUAGUGAUAGUGACAUGCUGGGCGGAGCAGACUCCGGCGCGGACCGACGUUGGAGACGCACCGAAGCCCUAGAGGCUGAACAGGCAGCGCAGAAUGCAGCGCCUGUAGCAGGGUCUUCGGGACUACCUCAUGGCCACCCUUCACAGGCCAUUCCAGGUGGCCCAAGCAUGACGGCACCCGCAUAUCCUGCACCUCCCCCUCCAGGAACUCAGGCCAUCGAUCCCCACACAGGGGCGACAUAUCAUGUUCCCAUUCCACCGCCGAUCCCAGCCUCAGCCAGCAAUCUCGGGCCUUCAGGAAGCAUUACCUCGCCUGGCACAGAGACCAGCGGGGCCACGGAGUACGCGAACAAUCGACGGCGGAGGAGAGCGGAACGAGCGCAAGCCCGGCUAGCUAGGGAAGGCCGGGGCGCUAACACGGUUGAAUUCAGUUAA